AUUCUCUGACAGAACUUGGAAAAACUGUAACUAAUUUUGAUAAAUCAUAGACCCAAAUUUCCACCAAUGAAUUUUCAUUUUAUUAAAUUUUGUUAAACUUAAACCCAAAUUAAUUCCGAGUUAAAGUCUGUCACAGAAUGGUUUCCAUACCGAAAUGGUGCCGUCGGACGCUUCGCCUGAUCCGCCAGAACCAUGAGUCGCUGGCCAAGUACACCAUUAUAUGGCUGUUGUUGGUGGGGAUCAUGCACUAUAGCUACGUGCGGAAUAACUGCGAUCUGCUGUGGUGGAAGCAUCAGCUAACCGACCACAUGGUCGGCCCCAUGGUGGUUAUGCUGUACAUUAUCAUCUUCAAGGUGUCCCUCAUUCUGUCCAUGACCCUCUGGAACUACAUGAAAAAGCAGGACAAGGAGCAGGAGAAUGCACACGAAAUGCCCAUUGCGGAGGUGAAGCGACGCUAUCGUCGCUUCAUUAUGAUGCGUCUGCUGAGGGCCGUGGAGAAGUUUGUGCAUCGUCCACUGUGCGACGUUUUGCGUCAUGACCGCGUGAGGAGGCGCUUUCUGAGGCGCCAUGAGAAGUUUGUCAAGGAAGUGGCGUUGUUUCUGUGGAAUGCCCGCAAGCUGUACGAGCGCACCCACGAUCAGCUGUAUCUGCCCCUGCACCAGGUGCUGCUCGUGGACGAUCGGCGGGAGGAGCAGCUGCUGCAGUUGGGCUACGGCGAACGCCUGACGUCGCUCAAAGAUUUGGACAUCCACAAGAUGGUCUACGGUUAGUGGUUAGCACCCAACAGCAACUGUAGCAGCGGCAGCAUUAGCAAUAUGCGGCAGCCAACUUUGCAAAACUUUUUAAUUAGAU